GCUGUUUAUGAAAAAUUAGUGUCACUUGCUUGGUUACCACCAUGGCUAAACCACCAGACCACUGCAGUUUAAAGAAUUAAAUCAGUCCCCUGAUAACACCUAGAAGGUAGGCCUGCCUUACAGGGCCAUCAGAUCAACCAGGUGCCUUGCAGCCAUGGCAAAAUCCAGGGACUAUGUUGGAGACUUCCUUGCAGAAUUCAAGGAGCAGAUCAUUGUACGAGCAACACGGGUCAGUGACAUCACAGAGGCUGUUGUGUCCGAAAACCUGAUCAAUGACAGGGCAGCCGGUCGUGUUCAAGCUGCUCACACUGAGCAGGAGGCAAUGAGGCUUCUGUUUGAGGCCCUGGAAAGAGAACCUCCUCAACACAGAGUGUCCUUUCAUCUGAUACUGAGAAUGACAGAGCCAGAACUUAUUCAAGAGCUAGAAUGGCGACAACGGAACAGCAAGCAUACUCAGACAGAAGUGGUUCAGUUUUCUGGAGAGAAGAAAAGGGAGGAUGAUAAGAGUAGACAGAAGGCUGAAACACAGCUUAAGAAAGACUCACUGAAGAGAAGAAGAAUGGAGACAAGGCGAGCCAUAGAACAGAUUGAGAAACUUUGGGAAGGAACAAAACGAGAGAGAAAUGAGAUUGACAGUAUGAGGGAAAGAAUCCAGAGACAGCAAGAUGAGAUUGCCAGGAUGACAGUAGAGAGAAGACAGCUGGAAGGAAUGUUAGCACAAAUGAGGAUACAACUGGAACAUGUCAAUGAAAAGAUGCAACAAAACAGGGAGGAGAUAAACCGAGAAAAAGACAGGAUUGAGCAAAUGAGAACUGACCUGCUAGCAGAGAGGAAUUCCUUGGAACAAAAACGUGAUGAAAUUGUCAGAGAGAAACAAAACAUAGAAAUAAUGAAGUAUGAGACAUUGAGAGCAAAAGAGGAGAUGGAGAGUAAUCGUGAAGCUACACAGUAUGAAAUGGAAAGAAUGGAGCAAAUGAAGACUGUGAUACAAAGGCAAAUACAGGACAUAGAAAAAAAAGUUGAGGAGACCAAACAAGCUAAAGACAAGAUGGAUCAGCUGAAAGCUGAGCUUGAGGAAGAGAGAAAUGAUCUAGACAGGAAAAGGGACGAUAUUAAAAGACAAAGAGAGCAAUUUGAACAAAUAAAACAUGAGAUACAUAGAGUGAAAGAGGAGAUGGAGCAAAGAUGGCAUGAGACAGAGAAAGAGGAUUUGGAACGGAGAUCUAUAAUCCAAAGAGAGAAAGAGGAGCUGACAAAUGUGCAAGCUGAAGUUCAGAAAGCAAAAGAAGAGAUUGAGAAGAACAAGGAGGAGUCAAAGCGUGAGAAGGACAAAAUAAACCAAAUGAGAGCAGAAAUGCUUAAAGAGAAAAACCUCUUAGAGAAAAGAUAUCAAGAGACUGUGAGAAAAGAAAAGGAGUUGGAGCAGAUUAUUCACAAGAUUAAAACUGAAAGAGAGGAGUUGGCACUAAAUGUAGAGUUGGUAAAACAAGAGUGGAAAAAGGUGGAGCAGGCCAAGGCAGAGUUCCAGUCUCAAAUGACAUCCAUUGAGACCAAGAUUGAGGAGAUAAAGCGAGCAAAUGAAAAACUGGACCGGAUGAAACUGGUCAUUCAUAAUGAAAAGGAGGUUCUGGAAAAGCAGAGGGAUGAUGCACGGAAGGCUAAAGAGGAGAUGGAGAAAAGGAGGUAUGAGAUAAUGACAGAAGAGCUGGAGCAAAGAGCUCAGUUGCAGAAAAACAGAGACGAACUGGAGGCGAUCAAAAAAGAAAUACAGAGAGCUAAUGAUCUGGAAAGAGCAAGAGUGGAGAGAAUGAAAGAGGAGAUCAUUCGGACAAAGGAGGAGGCUCAACAAGACAGAGAGGCAACUGAACAAAUGAAAGCUGAGAUAGAGAUUGAAAGGGACAACCUUAGAAGAAGACAAGAUGAAAUACUGAGGGAGAGGCAAGAGCUAGAGAGAAUUAGGCAUGAGACAGUCAGAGCCAGAGAGGAGAUGGAGAAAUGCAAGGAAAUCACAAUAAGGGAAAAUGAAAAAAUGGAAAAAAUGAAGGCUGACAUUCAGUCCCAAAUAGAGGAUAUAGAAAAACAGGUUAGAGAGACAACUGAAGCAAAAGAAAACAUGGAUCAGAUGAAAGUGAAAUUGGAGGAAGAGAGAGAUGAGUUGGAAAGGAAGAGGGACAGUGUCAAAAGAGAAAUGGAGCAAUGUGAGCUUAUUAAAUUUGAGAUCAUUCGAGUGAAAGAGGAAAUGGAGAGUAGAUGGCGUGAGACUGAGAGAGAAGAACUAGAGAUGAGAGAAAAAACACAGCAAGAGAGGGAGAGACUUGAACAACUGAGGGAUGAGCUCCAGACAGUCAAAGAGGAUACAGAAAAGAGCAAGAAAGAGAUAUGGAAAGAAAGGGAAAGUCUUGAAAUGCUGAAAAGACAAACCGCAGAGGACAGAGAUGCUGCAGUCAAAAAGAUGGAUGAGGUCAAAACAAAAUUUGAGGAGUUAUCACAUGUUAAAAAUGAGAUAGAAAAAGAGAAAGAAGAGAUCAAAAGAGAUUGGGAAGUAAGUAAUCAAAAGCUGAAUGAAAUUACACAAAUGAGAGAUGAGCUACAAAGACAAAUGGCAGAAACUGAAAAUAAGACUGCUGCAGCCAAGUUAGCCAAAGAUGAGGCAGAUCAAGCCAAGCUUGCAGCACAGGAAGCGGAGCUGAUCUUGAAAAAGCAAAAGGAAGAGAUGGAAAAGAGAAGGUAUGAGACGGUGAAAGAGGAGCUGGAGCAAAGAGCUGAGAUACAAAGAAAGAAGGAGGAACUGGAGCAUUUGAAUAAUGAGAUACAAACAGCCCAAACAACAUUACAAAAAACAAGACACACUGAAAAAGAUAACUUGGAGAAGAUUUUGCUAGAAGCACAGGAAGAGAGAAUGAUUACUGAGCAAAUCAAAACUGCACUGCAGAGUGAGAUGGUCCUUCAGGAAAGGCGCACAGGCGAGAUGGAAAGAGAAAGGCAAGAGCUAGAGAAGCUUCAGUUCCAGAUGCAGAAGAUGAAGGAGGAGCUGGAAAAGAAGCAGUAUGACACUAUGAGAGAUGAUCUGGAGAGGAGGGCUGAGCAGCAGAGAGAAAGGGAAGAGCUUGAUAGGAUCAGGGCUGAGCUGGAGAGAGACAAAGCAGCCCUACACAGAAGCAGCGAGAUGAUAAAUCAAGAUAAAGAAAAGCUGGAGCAGAUGAUGAUAGGAAUUCAAGAGCAAAGGGAAGAUAUAAAAAGAAGACUAGAACAUGCCAGACAAGCAGAGGAUGGAAUAAGACAAAUGAGAGAAGAAAUUGAGCUUCAAAGAGAACAUCUGGAGAGGAUUCGUGUGGAGACGGAAAAGGAGAAAGAGCCAUAUGAAAAAGUGAAGAAUGAACUUAACAGAUUGAGAGAGGAGAUGGAAAGACUUUGGGAUGAAGCAGAAAGAGAAGAACAGGAGGAAAGAGAGAAAUUUCAGAGAGAUAAGGAGGAAAUGAAUAAGAAGAUGGAGGAGAUGAACCAUGAGAUGAUGCAGAUCCAAGACUUGAAAGUGGAGUUAAAAAGACAGAGGGAGGAGGCAGAGGCAAAACUGGAGAAGGCAAAGAGGGAAAUGGAUAAACUUGAGCAGCUGAAGGCAGAUCUGCAGAGACGCAAAGAGGAGAUUGAGAACAAAAUUGCAGAGACUAAGAGUGAGAGGGAUGAAUUGGAGCAGGUGAGAGCUGAGAUACUAAGGCAAAAAGAAGAUGUUGAAAACAAAAUGCGACUAGCGAAAACAGAGAUGGAAAAGAUGCAACGAGUCAAGGAAGAAAUACAACAACAAAGAGAUGAAUUGGAAGAAAGGAUGCAGAGGGCAAAAAGAGAAAUGGAAGAGAUGGAGCUCAUGAAAAAAGAAAUGGACCGGAAGAAAAAAGAGGUUGAUCAAAGAAUGAAGCAGACCAUGAGGAAAAAAGAAGAGAUGGACAGAAUAAGGAUGGAAAUACAAAGAGCAAAAGAAGAAAUGGAACAUAAAAGGGCAGAGACUGAGAAGGAGAGAUACGAGAUGGAAUGUGUUAAAGCCGAGAUCCAAAGAGCAAGAGAGGAAUUUGAGAUUAGGGUAGAAGAGAGAGGUCUAGAUCUGGAAGAAAAAGAAGAGAUAAAUGCUGAGAUUAUCAGCCUGAUUCAUCAGAUUGAAAGAACCAGAGAAAUGAUAUGGAAUACUAAACUUCAUAUGGAAAACAGGGUGGCAGAAAGUCAACUGGAAGCAGUAUACAAAGAGCAGAUGAACGCAGAGUUGCAGAGACUCAUUGUAGAAGUUGAACAAAUCAGAGAGAUGCUGCGAAGGGCAAAAAAAGAAAUGGAACAAAACAAAGAGGUUAUCAGGAGUGAGAAGGACGAGAUAAGAAUGUUAAAGAUCGAGAUGCAACGAAGGAGAAGAGACUUGCAAUACAGAGAAGAAAAGAAUAUGAGAGAGCGGGCUGAGUUGGAAGUCAUGAGCGCCAAGAUACAGCGACAAAAAGAAGAGCUGGAGGAGAGACUAGAGGACAUCAUACAACAAAAUCAGAAGACAGAGCAGAUGAAAGAAGAAGUGCAACGGGCUUUGGAGGAAAUAGAGCAAGAAAAGGAGGAAAUAAGCAGGGCAAAAGAAAUGAUACUCCAAAGGAAGAUCAAGGAAGAGAAGGUAUCCCAAGACGACUACAAAACAGAGAAGUUACAGCCUGGAACAACAGACUACCUUGAAAAACAUGAGAUGAGAGCUGUUGAAACACUUUCAACUGAUCACUAUGAAGCUAUGAUGUCUGAUAUAGAUCAAGAAAGGAAUGAACUGGAGCAAUACAAAGAAAACAUGUUAAAAGAGAAACAUGAACUAGAAAGGACAAAGGAAGAUGUUCAGAUGGCAAGAGAUGAAGUUGAAGCAAAGAUGGCCAAACUGAAAGAGGAGGAAAAAGAGUUGGAAAAGAAGAAAGUGAGUCUCAUAAAUAUGGAAGAAAUACUGCAAACACAGAAAGAGGCCAAUGAAAGGGAUUUUAAUACCAUAAUCAAAGAGAAGGAAAUACUGAAUCAAAGGAAGCAAGAGCUUGACAACAUGCAAAUAAAUAUAGAAAGACAGAAGAAUGAAAUGGACCGCACAUAUAAACCUACAGCGAUGGUGACAAUGCAGUCUGAUAUGCAAGUGCAAACUGAAGACUGGGGUAGCAUGAGAGAGAUACAAAUACUGGAGGCAGAUAAAAAACACCAGGUCAUGAUGGCCAUGAAAGAGGUGGAGAAAGAAAGAGCAGCUUUAGAGAAGUUUCGUGAAGACAUUCUUGAUGAACUUGAGCUUAAACAAGCUACAAUCCAGAAACAAAAGCAAGAACUAGACACAGACAUCCAGUUAAGGAAAGAGGAGAGAGAUGAAAUAGAAAGGAGAAAAAAGCAAUUACACAAAGAUAUUGACAUGAUGGAACAAAAGAAAACCAACAUGGAAAAACAAAUGAUGGAUAUUAGCCUUUACCAAAAAGGUUUACAGAAGGAAAAGGAUGUAUCUGCACGAGCAGAAAUGCUUGGGGAUGUAGGUGCUACGUUCACUGACCUUGAGAUGCAACAAACUAAGACAAAAGAUGAUCUGGAAAGGGAAAAGAAUGAGUUAGAAAUGGCAAAAUUAGAAGUAAAGAAAGCAUGGGAUGACCUUCAUGCACAAAAUUUAAAAAACAGAGAAAACGAAGCAAGGAUAAGAAUGGAACUAGAACGAGAAAGAGAUGCUCUAAAUCAACUAAGUCUCAGUAUUGAAACACAGAGACAAGCUAUGAAAGAUGAACAACAUGAACUCAGACUAAGAACGGAAGAACUGGAGGUCCUGCAAAGCGAACUGCACAAAGAGCAGAGAGCAAAUGAAGACGCUGUGAAAAUGACUAUUGCUGAGAAAAGGGAGCUAGAAAAAAUGCAGUCUGACAUAAAUGAACAACAAAAACAACUGACAAUUGUCCAGGAUAUCCAGAAGAGAGAAAAAGAUGAUCUUGAAAAGAUGAAGUCUGAAAUUGAAAAGGAAAGCCAAAAACUAAAUAGUAGGCUAAUUGAGGAAUUGAAGAAUGAAAGAGCAAAACUUGAAAGUGUGAAGUUAGAACUUAAAAAUGUAAAACAAAGGAACAUCGAACUGGAUACAGAUUUAGAACUCCAUAAAAAAAUGAGGGACACAGAUCGGGACUUAUUGGAGCAAAUGAAAUCCCAACUAAAAAGACAAUCUGAGGACAUUGAGAAGAUCAAGCAAGAAACAGAGAAUGACAGACUGAAAGUGGAGGAGAUGGCCACACAAGUUCAAAAAGAGAGAGAGAAUAUUGCCAGAUUUGCUGAGGAGACCAGGAGGAAGAAAGAAGCUCUAGAUGUAAUGCGUGUUGAGAUACAGAAGCAGAGACAAGAAAUUGAGUCAGAGAAAAACAUGAUUUCUAAAGAAAAAGCUAACAUAGAACAAAUGAAAAUGAACAUUGCUAGAGAUGAAGUAGAUCUUAAAAACCAACUAGUAGAUGAAAGACAAAAACUAGAAAACAUCCAAAAAGAGAUUGACAGUCUUGAGAGCACAAAAUUAGAUAUCUCAAAGCAAGCUGACAUGGUGGAAAAAGAAAAGGAACAAAUACGACUCAGAAAAGAUGGACUUGAUCAAAAGCAAGCAGAGAUUCGAAAACAACAAAAAGAAUUAGAUGAUAUGAAAGACAAGAUAACAAUGGAAAAAACUCAGCUUGAGGAAAAGAAGGCUGAACUGGUUAAAGCAGAACAAGAGAUGAACUAUACCAGUGAAACAGUCAGAAUGGCAAUACAUGAUCUUGAGAGAGAAAAAGCAGAGUUCAUUGGAAAGCAAAAGCAAAUAGAAAGCAAUCUGAGGGAGGCACUUCAGGAAGAACAUAAAAACCUAGAUUUUCUGAAGAAAGAGAUUUUUGCUGAAAAGGAACUAAUUGAACAAAAUAAACAUGUGUUGGAAAAAGAGAGGGAUGACAUUAAACAACAAAAAUCCCAGCUCAGUGAGAAAUUGGUUGAGCUACAACUUCAAAAACAAAUCAUUGAAGAUGAAAAGGAUCAUUUACAACAGAUGAAUGAAGAGAUACAAAGAAAAGCUGAAAACGUUGAGAAGCUACUUCAAGACAAAGAGAAUGAAAAACAGAAGAUGGAAGAGACGGCUGCUCAACUUGAAAAAGAGAGAGACGACAUUCACUACAUUGCCGAAGAGAUCAGAAGCAAGAAAGAAGCCUUGGAUAUGAGGGAGGUUGAAAUGCAAAAACAAAUACAAGUCAUUGAGUUUGAUAAAGAAAUGAUUGAUAAGGAAAAGAAUGAGUUGAACAUAAUCAAAAAAGAGGUAAGUAAAACUAAAGAAGAUCUUGAAAACCAAAUUGCUGAAAAUAGAAAAAAUCAUGAGAUGAGCCUGUUAGAGAUACAGAAACAGAGAGAAACUCUUAAACAGAUGAACCUGAACAUUUCCAAACAGGUCAAUGAUAUUGAAAAUGAAAAGGAAACACUUAGACUCAGACAAGAUGAUCUAGAACAACUGCAGGAGGAGACUAAAAACCGACAAAAAGAAACUGAUGCCUUGAGAAACACAAUCACUGCUGAAAAGAAUUUGAUUGAAAGGAGGAAGGUAGAAAUUGAUCAACAAGAAAAAGAAAUAAAUAACAGUCUUGUUCAGUUCCAAGCAGAAAAGAAGAACUUUUACAGGGAAAAGGCUGAAAUAAUGAGAGAAACAGAAAAAAUGAAGGAUGGACUGCAAAAAGAAAGGAAAAAUUUAGAGCUUCUGAGGAAAGAAGUACUCAGUGAAAAAGAGUUAACAGAAAAAAACAGGCAGCUGCUGAAGACUGAUAUGCAACAACAAUUAAAUUUGGAGAAAGAGUUAGAAAACAUAAAGCUCCAGAAGGAAAUGAUUGAGGAUGAGAGGAACCAACUGGAACAAACAAAGGCUGAGCUGCACAGAGAAGCUGAGAACAUUGAAAAAUUAAAACAAGACACUCAGAAAGAAAGACAGAGAGUAGAAGAAAUGACUGCACAACUUCAAAAAGAGAGGGAUGAUGCUGCAAAUCUUUCUGAGGAAGUGAAGAGGAAAGUGGAAGACCUAAAUAGGAUGCGUGCUGAUUUUGAAAAAGAACGAGAGGUACUCAAAUCUGAGAAAGACAAGCUCAGAAAGGAAAUGCAUGAUAAUGAGAGCUCAAAGAUAGAGCUUGAAAAAGCCAGAGAAAAUCUAGAAAAACAAAUGACUGAACAAGAGGAACAAACUAAAAUGAUUCUGUCAGACAUACAGAAAGAGAGAGAGAAACUUGAGCAGAUGAACAUGUACAUCUCAAGCCAAGCCAAAGAUAUUGAAAAAGAAAAGGAACAACUGAAACUCAGAAAAGACGAACUGGAACAGAUUCAAGUAGAGAUUGCAAAACAACAAAAAGAGACGGAUGACAUGAAAAACAGAAUAAUGACAGAAAAAGGACAGCUUGAGCAGAAGUGGGAUGAACUGAAUAAAGAAAAGAAAGAAGUGGAUAAUAUCUUAAAAUCUCAAAUACAUUUGGAGAAAGAGUUAGAAAACAUAAAGCUCCAGAAAGAAAUGAUUGAGGAUGAGAAAGACCAACUGGAACAGACAAAGGCUGAGCUGCACAGAGAAGCUGAGAACAUCGACACAUUAAAACAAGAGAUGCAGAAAGAAAGACAGAGAGUAGAAGAAAUGACUGCCCAACUUCAACAAGAGAGGGAUGAUGCAGCAAAUCUUUCUGAGGAAGUGAAGAGGAAAGUGGAAGACCUAAAUAGGAUGCGUGCUGAUUUUGAAAAAGAACGAGAGGCACUCAAAUCUGAGAAAGACAAGCUCAGAAUGGAAAUGCAUGAUAAGGAGAGCUCAAAGAUAGAGCUUGAAAAAGCCAGAGAAAAUCUAGAGAAACAAAUGACUGAAAAAGAGGAACAAACUAAAAUGAUUCUGUCAGACAUACAGAAAGAGAGAGAGAAACUUGAGCAGAUGAACAUUUACAUCUCAAGCCAAGCCAAAGAUAUUGAAAAUGAAAAGGAACAACUGAGACUCAGAAAAGACGAACUGGAACAGAUACAAGUAGAGAUUGCAAAACAGCAAAAAGAGAUGGAUGACAUGAAAAACAGAAUAAUGACAGAAAAAGGACAGCUUGAGCAGAAGUGGGAUGAACUGAAUAAUGAAAAGAAAGAAGUGGAUAAUAUCUUACAAUCUGUUAGGACUGAAAAGAGCAAUAUUGAAAGAGAAAGAUCUGAAAUUGAUGAGCAAAAACAGCAAAUGGAGAGCAAGUUCAGGACUGCAUUGAAGAGAGAGAUGGAAAAUGUGGAGCUCCUAAAGAAAGAGUUACUUGAUGAAAAAGAAUUAAUAGAAAAGAGCAAACAGCUGUUAAACAAAGACAUGGACGAAGUGGAACAACACAAGGCCAGACUGACCAGAGAGUCAGAGGACAUUAAACACAGGAAAGUCAUACUUGAGGAGGAGAAGAGCAUGUUAGAGAAGAUGAAGGUGGAUCUAGACAGAGAAGCUGAGAACAUGGAAAAAAUGAAGCUUGACUCACAGAAUGAGAAAGUGAAAGCUGAAGAAAUAUACACACAGAUUCAAAGAGAAAGAAACAUUACUGACAGUCUUGCUGAGGAGAAUAAAAAGAAAAAAGAAGAGCUGGAUGGUUUGCAUGCUGAGAUAGAAAAGCAAAGAGAAGCAAUUAAAUUAGAUAAAGAGAUGACUGACAAGGAAAAAGCUGACCUGGAGAUAAUGAAAGAAGAGAGAAAACAAAUGACUGAAAAAGAGGAACAAACUAAAAUGAUUCUGUCAGACAUACAGAAAGAGAGAGAGAAACUUGAGCAGAUGAACAUUUACAUCUCAAGCCAAGCCAAAGAUAUUGAAAAAGAAAAGGAACAACUGAAACUCAGAAAAGACGAACUGGAACAGAUUCAAGUAGAGAUUGCAAAACAGCAAAAAGAGAUGGAUGACAUGAAAAACAGAAUAAUGACAGAAAAAGGACAGCUUGAGCAGAAGUGGGAUGAACUGAAUAAUGAAAAGAAAGAAGUGGAUGAUGUCCUAGAAUUUGUUAGGACUGAAAAGAGCAAUAUUGAAAGAGAAAGAUCUGAAAUUGAUGAGCAGAAACAGCAAAUGGAGAGCAAGUUCAGGACUGCAUUGAAGACAGAGAUGGAAAAUGUGGAGCUCCUAAAGAAAGAGUUACUUGAUGAAAAAGAAUUAAUAGAAAAGAGCAAACAGCUGUUAAACAAAGACAUGGACGAAGUGGAACAACACAAGGCCAGACUGACCAGAGAGUCAGAGGACAUUAAACACAGGAAAGUCAUACUUGAGGAGGAGAAUAGCAUGUUAGAGAAGAUGAAGGAGGAUCUAGACAGAGAAGCUGAGAACAUAGAAAAAAUGAAGCUUGGCUCACAGAAUGAGAAAGUGAAAGCUGAAGAAAUAUACACACAGAUUCAAAGAGAAAGAAACAUUACUGACAGUCUUGCUGAGGAGAAUAAAAAGAAAAAAGAAGAGCUGGAUGGUUUGCAUGCUGAGAUAGAAAAGCAAAGAGAAGCAAUUAAACUAAAUAAAGAGAUGACUGACAAGGAGAAAGCUAACCUGGAGAUAAUGAAAGAAGAGGUGAGGAAAAGCAAAGAAGUUCUAGAAAACCAAAUAACCGAAGAAAGGAAAAAGAAUGAGAUGAGCCGGGCAGAAAUACAGAAGGAGAGAGACACUGUUGAACAUGAAAAGGAAAGACUAAGACUUAGACAAGAUGAUCUAGAACGACUGCAGGCAGAAAUUAUAAAACAACAAAAAGAAAUGGAUGAUAUGAAAAACAGAAUAAUGACAGAAAAAGGACAGCUUGAGCAGAAAUGGGAUGAACUGAAUAAAGAAAAGAAAGAAGUGGAUGAUAUCUUAAAAUUUGUUCGUGUUGAAAAGAGCAAUAUUGAAAGAGAAAGAUCUGAAAUUGAUGAGGAGAAACAGCAAAUGGAGAGCAAGUUCAGGACUGCAUUGAAGACAGAGAUGGAAAAUGUGGAGCUCCUAAAGAAAGAGUUACUUGAUGAAAAAGAAAUAAUAGAAAAGAGCAAACAGCUGUUAAACAAAGACAUAGACGAAGUGGAACAACACAAGGCCAGACUGACCAGAGAGUCAGAGGACAUUAAACACAGGAAAGUCAUACUUGAGGAGGAGAAGAGCAUGUUAGAGAAGAUGAAGGUGGAUCUAGACAGAGAAGCUGAGAACAUGGAGAAAAUGAAGCUCAACUCACAGAACGAGAAAGUGAAAGCUGAAGAAAUAUACACACAGAUUCAAAGAGAAAGAAACAUUACUGACAGUCUUGCUAAGGAGAACCAAAAGAAGAAAGAAGAGCUGGAUGGUUUGCAUGCUGAGAUUAAACAGCAAAGAGAAGCAAUUAAACUAGAUAAAGAGGUGAUUGACAAGGAGAAAGCUGACCUGGAGAUAAUGAAAGAAGAGGUGAGGAAAAGUAAAGAAGUUCUAGAAAACCAAAUUACUGAGGAAAGGAAAAAGAAUGAGAUGAGCCGGGCAGAAAUACGGAAGGAGAGAGACACUGUUGAACAUGAAAAGGAAAGACUAAGACUUAGACAAGAUGAUCUAGAACAACUUCAAGCAGAAAUUAUAAAACAACAAAAAGAAAUGGAUGAGUUGAGGAACACGAUCAGUAUUGAAAGGAAUCUGCUUGAAAAGAAGAAGGCUGAACUUGAUAAACAGGAAAAAGAAAUGAACUAUAUCACUGCUCGAUUCCAAGAAGAGAAGAACAACCUUGAGAGAGAAAAGGCUGAAAUAAUGAGAGAGAAAGAAAGAAUGAUGGAUAAACUCCACAGUGAAAGGGAAAAUGUGGAACUUCUGAGGAAGGAAGUGCUCAGUGAAGAGGAGUCAUUAGAAAAUAAAAUAGAGUUUCUGAAGACAGAUAUGGAUGAAAUGGAACAAAGAAAACUACAUUUGGAGAAAGAGUUAGAAAAUAUAAAGCUCCAGAAAGAAAUCAUUGAGGAUGAGAAAGACCAACUGGAACAGUCAAAGGCUGAGCUGCACAGAGAAGCUGAGAACAUCGACACAUUAAAACAAGAGAUGCAGAAAGAAAGACAGAGAGUAGAAGAAAUGACUGCCCAACUUCAACAAGAGAGGGAUGAUGCAGCAAAUCUUUCUGAGGAAGUGAAGAGGAAAGUGGAAGACCUAAAUAGGAUGCGUGCUGAUUUUGAAAAAGAACGAGAGGCACUCAAAUCUGAGAAAGACAAGCUCAGAAUGGAAAUGCUUGAUCAUGAGAGCUCAAAGAUAGAACUUGAAAAAGCCAGAGAAAAUCUAGAAAAACAAAUGACUGAAAAAGAGGAACAAACUAAAAUGAUUCUAUCAGACAUACAGAAAGAGAGAGAGAAACUUGAGCAGAUGAACAUUUACAUCUCAAGCCAAGCCAAAGAUAUUGAAAAUGAAAAGGAACAACUGAGACUCAGAAAAGACGAACUGGAACAGAUACAAGUAGAGAUUGCAAAACAGCAAAAAGAGAUGGAUGACAUGAAAAACAGAAUAAUGACAGAAAAAGGACAGCUUGAGCAGAAAUGGGAUGAACUGAAUAAUGAAAAGAAAGAAGUGGAUAAUAUCUUACAAUCUGUUAGGACUGAAAAGAGCAAUAUUGAAAGAGAAAGGUCUGAAAUUGAUGAGGAGAAACAGCAAAUGGAGAGCAAGUUCAGGACUGCAUUGAAGACAGAGAUGGAAAAUGUGGAGCUCCUAAAGAAAGAGUUACUUGAUGAAAAGGAAUUAAUAGAAAAGAGCAAACAGCUGUUAAACAGAGACAUGGACGAAGUGGAACAACACAAGGCCAGACUGACCAGAGAGUCAGAGGACAUUAAACACAGGAAAGACAUACUUGAGGAGGAGAAGAGCAUGUUAGAGAAGAUGAAGGUGGAUCUAGACAGAGAAGCUGAGAACAUGGAGAAAAUGAAGCUCGACUCACAGAACGAGAAAGUGAAAGCUGAAGAAAUAUACACACAGAUUCAAAGAGAAAGAAACAUUACUGACAGUCUUGCUAAGGAGAACCAAAAGAAGAAAGAAGAGCUGGAUGGUUUGCAUGCUGAGAUUAAACAGCAAAGAGAAGCAAUUAAACUAGAUAAAGAGGUGAUUGACAAGGAGAAAGCUGACCUGGAGAUAAUGAAAGAAGAGGUGAGGAAAAGCAAAGAAGUUCUAGAAAACCAAAUUACUGAGGAAAGGAAAAAGAAUGAGAUGAGCCAGGCAGAGAUACAGAAGGAGAGAGACACUGUUGAACAUGAAAAGGAAAGACUAAGACUCAGACAAGAUGAUCUAGAACGACUGCAGGCAGAAAUUAUAAAACAACAAAAAGAAAUGGAUGAGUUGAGGAACACGAUCAGUAUUGAAAGGAAUCUGCUUGAAAAGAAGAAGGCUGAACUUGAUGAACAGGAAAAAGAAAUGAACUAUAUCACUGCUCGAUUUCAAGAACAGAAGCACAAUUUUGAGACAGAAAAGGCUGAAAUUAUUAGAGAGAAAGAAAGAAUGAUGGAUAAACUCCACAGUGAAAGGGAAAAUGUGGAACUUCUGAGAAAAGAAGUGCUCAGUGAUAAGGAGACAUUAGAAAAUAAAAAAGAGUUUCUGAAGACAGAUAUGGAUGAAAUGGAACAAAGCAAAUUACAUUUGGAGAAAGAGUUAGAAAACAUAAAGCUCCAGAAAGAAAUGAUUGAGGAUGAGAAAGACCAACUGGAACAGACAAAGGCUGAGCUGCACAGAGAAGCUGAGAACAUCAACAAAUUAAAACAAGAGAUGCAGAAAGAAAGACAGAGAGUAGAAGAAAUGACUGCCCAACUUCAACAAGAGAGGGAUGAUGCAGCAAAUCUUUUGCUGAGGAAGUGA